AUGAAGAUCUCAGUCACCUUUGGUAUGCUUGGCCUUAGUGCCAUUGCUUCAGCAUUUCCUGCGGAUCUUGUGGCACGGACUGAGUGUUACCCUGGAACUAUGGAGAAGGGAAAGCCACAAAAAUGCGGCGACAAGAAAUACACAGUAGAAAAGAACGGCCAUUGCGUCAAACCAACCCAAGAGCUUGGUGCUUACAAAAAGACCAGUUGCCUAGGCUUCUGCGAAGAAACAAUUACCGCCGAGUACGGGCCAGAACAGCCGUUUACAGGGGGAGCGUGCCAAGCUGGAACGACAUGUGCGAUCUCAGAGGGAGAUUCCGUCACCAUCACCAACACGUAUACGAUUUCGACAAAUAUAGGUGUUUCGAAGAGAGAUGCAGAUGGGAAUGAAGUAGAAGAAGAAGUCAUUCUCGAAAGAGGAGAGGGCUAUGUUGAGGGCGGCCUAGUCAAAAGAGCUGAUGAGGCAUUGUUCAAAGCCGGGUUCGACAUUGGAGCUAGUUACUCGUACAGCUCAUCUGUCAGCUAUACCCUUACGAACGAAAAAUCCAAAGAACUCGACAAGGAUACAUGUGGAUAUUGGACGUUUAUACCUUAUGUUAUGAAAGUUUGUGGAACGAUGACCCAAGCUAAAGUGGAACAACCAACCGGGGGUCAUCUAUCGGCUGUUAGAGAUCCACACUGCUCCAAAAAGGAUUUCACAUCGAACAAGAAGUACUGCAACAAGGUUCCCUACAAGGGAAAGAAUGACAGGGCAGAUGGUCAAAUUGUUUUUGUCUACGUUGAUUGCAAAACCAAUAAGCCGAAGAGACAAGGUCAAGAUGCAGCUUACUAUUGGCCUGGCGUUGCAUCAAACGGCGGUGCGCUGCUAGAUGCCCUAACCUGCAAGGCAGUCCCUCAAAUGUGCGAACUCUUGAAGCACCUGCCAUAA